GUGGUCAGCAUUAGACCAUGAAUCUAUUCUUUCCAAACCUCACUCACUCCCUCUUCUCUCACAAUGCCAUCUGUGGCCACUUUACAGAACAGUUAGUUAAUGAUGUCAUCUUUUGUUGUUCUUCAUGGCCUGCAUGGCUCUCUUCUCCGCUCCCAGUUCCUAGGCCAAGACACCCUCACUCAUCUCUACCCUCGUAACAAGGCUUCCACCAUUCAUAACAAGCCAACAACAGCACAACCACGUGCCAAAUUUGACAUGCUGCAAGUCUUGGGAGGAAGAGGACUAUGCAAUGGAGAAGCAGGUCUUAAACAAGAGCUGAAGAGGGAACUUGGUGUUGAUGAGAAGGCACCAGCAUCAGCAACAAGUGACAAAGAGCAAGAGUUAGAGGAGGAAUCAUCAACAACACAGUCCUUGGCAAGUGUUGCUGCAGAAGAUGGUUUUGAGAAGGAACUGAUGGGGUUAACUGGGGGGUUUCCGGGGGGUGAGAAGGGUUUGAAAAAGUUCAUUCAGGAAAACCCUCCUCCUCUAAAACCAAGUCAAGGGAGCAAAAGCCUGAAACUAGCACUGUCUAAGAAGCCUAAACCACCAGAAUUGCCUUUGUUGCUGCCAGGGAUGAUUGCCAUUGUGAAGAACCCGAAUAACCCGUUUUACAUGUACUGUGGGAUUGUGCAAAGAAUCACUGAUGGAAAGGCAGGGGUUCUCUUUGAAGGAGGGAACUGGGACAGGUUGAUCACGUUCAGGUUGGAAGAACUUGAGCGCAGAGAAAAAGGCCCCCCCAUGAAGAACCCCAAGUCAGCUGUGCUCGAACCGUUUCUUGAAAAGAAGUCAUAGUUAAGCUUAGUUUCAAUUUGCAAAACAUGUUCACUUUUGUAUCAUAUAUGUAUAAUGUAUCUAUCUAUCUAUCUAUCUAUUGAGCUUUCCGACAAAGAAAGCAUAGCUGAGGAUUGCUACUACUGUGCUUUGAUGUUCUUUUUGGGUGAGUAAAUAUUGAAUUUGAGGGGUAAACAGAAGGGAUCAAAGGUUGAAUUGGUAACAAGAGAAGUACAUCUUUAUGGUAAACAUGUAAAUUUGUGUAAAGUUAUGUUACAAAAAAUGAUGGUGUAUAAUUUAGUGAGA